AUGAGGACACAUGGAUUCUUCCGUUUCAUUGCCUUCGCAAAAUUUAAAUUCCGCCAUAAACGAUUUCGAAAACCGUUGAAGGUUAUGCUCUCCGCUUUAAUGUUCUGUUCAAUCUGCUUUUAUAUCUUCAAUACGUUGCACCAUUCACAAACGUAUGACGCUGUCCAUGUCGCGGUAAAAAAUGAUACAAUGACUACUACAAACGGCACACCACGCCGUUUCACCGGCGCUAUGGGUGCUCUGAAUAUUCACGUAUGGCGAGAGGUUUGUGGCUCAAGCAUCCAAAAUCUGCGUCAAUAUUUGCUUUUUCCGCAUUAUCCUGACGAAAUGUUCAAGAAGCUCAAUAUGUUUAAGUUUCAAAUUAUCGACCACACCAUCGAUUAUGGCCAACGGAUUUUUGGCUUCCUCCAUCCUCCUCACAGCGAUGAGUACAACUUCGCCAUAGCCUCUGAUGACGAGUCAGAGUUAUGGCUCAGUCCUGGCGACGAUCCGAAGGAGAAAGAGUUAAUUGCGCGUGUUUUUAAAGAAGGAGUAAGUGCGUGGACGAAAAAGGAUGAACUUCGUAAAUAUUCCGGACAAAUCUCAGAACAUCUAAUGCUCUCUGGAGACAGAAAAUACUACAUAGAAGUUGUGCAUAAGCAAGGAGUUGCUCUUGGCUUUGUACAAGUUUACUGGAAACGUCGCAGUGAUAGCGAUUUCUACCUUAUCAGUUCGGAGUACUUAUCAUCUCAUGCAAACGGUGUUAUGAUUACCAAAGCAAAAGAUAUUUUGCAUAGUUUGCUUUCGGAGAGCUAUCGUCAAGAUCUUGAGCUGAAAUCUAAAUCAGCAGAUCAUAAACGCUUACAAUUUCAAUCACUUCCGUUGCUCCCAAAAGAUAGUUAUCUUCCCUUGUGUGAUUUCCAGUCUAACUCUUUGUCAAAUGGAGGGAAAGUGUAUCGUUAUCAAGGCCGCAAAGUGGUGCAGUUAUCCAGCGUCUACCCUGCUGAUGGUAGCAGUGCGUUGACUUAUAAAAAUUUGCGGAACUGGCCUAACAAAAUUGCUGACGGGGACAAAAUUCAUGCAGUCACGGAUGAGCUAAUUACGUCGUUAAACCAUAAAACCUCAAAGUAA